UUCAUCCCACACCUCUCAUCACAUCACCGCUCACUGAUUUAUGCUUUUCAAAUCUUUCUCCUGUGGGUUGAAGAAAAUGCUCAGUUUAUGCAGGAUGAUUACGAUUUUCCUUUUCUUGCUCUCCGUUUGUGGGUGCUGCCACGGCCAAAUCUACACCUUCACCAUGUACCACCGCUACUCUGAGCCCGUCAAGAAGUGGUGCCACUCCGCUACCGAAACCCUAGAAAAAGGGAACUGUGAGUACUACGCUGAGUUGGCCGACCGCGACCGCACCAGACUCUCUUUCUCCGGCGGGAACUCCUCCACCUUCCGCAUCAAUUCGCUAGGAUUUUUGCAUUAUGCAACUGUUCAAUUAGGGACACCGGGUGUGAAGUUCAUGGUGGCGCUUGAUACAGGAAGUGACCUGUUCUGGGUACCCUGUGAUUGUGUCAGAUGUGCAUCCUUGGAUAGCACAGCCUAUGGUUCAGAUUUUGACCUUAGUACGUAUAGUCCUAGUAGAUCUUCCACAAGCAAAAAGGUCACUUGUAACAGUAGUUUGUGUAUGAACCACAACCAAUGCCAUGGGGCAUUCAGCAACUGCCCUUACAUGGUCUCUUAUGCCUCUGCCGAAACGUCUACGUCAGGAAUACUAGUGGAGGACGUUCUGCACUUUACGGAUGGCGAUAAUCACCAUAUUGAAGCUAAUGUCAUGUUCGGGUUAGUUUCCUUGCUAAAAAACUUUAUGACGGGUUACCAUGUUGUAUUUGACCGGGAAAAGCUCAUAUUGGGAUGGAAACAAUCAAAUUGUUAUGAUGACAUUGAGGAUAAUGCUGUAUCAAUAGGACCACACUCAGAUAAUGUGCCUUCUACUUUCACCACCGGUCUUGUCAAUUACCUAGGAUGGUAA